AAAUCACAUGGCUGCCGCCAGCAACAUGCUUUUCUAACUACAGCUACGUUUUUUACCGUUUCUUUUUGGCACCAAUGCUGGUUUGGAUGUUAAGUAGCUGAUUAAAGAAGCCUAGCCAAACUCUUUCAUGUAUCUCGCAUACUGCCACCGCCUUGCAUCUUAGCCUUUGCGGCUCGCGAGUGAUAGAAUCUGCACCAUGUUUGUGUUGGUGGAGAUGGUCGACACUGUCAGGAUUCCUCCGUGGGACUUUCAGAGGCAACUCUACGAGGCUGUGUCCGAUGAGCUGAAUAAAAAGCUGGCAAACAAGGUGGUCUACAACGUCGGUCUCUGCAUCUGCUUGUAUGACAUCACCAAACUGGAGGAUUCCUACAUAUUUCCAGGGGAUGGCGCCUCACACACCAAAGUUCAUUUCAGGUAUAUUGUUUUUCACCCGUUUCUGGAGGAGAUCCUGGUUGGCAAGAUCAAAUACUGCAGUCAGGAGGGAGUUCACGUGACCAUGGGCUUCUUUGAUGACAUUCUCAUCCCGCCAGAGUCUCUUCAGCAACCCACUAAAUUUGAUGAAGCAGAGCAAGUGUGGCUGUGGGAGUAUGAGACUGAUGAGGGAGCGCACGACCUCUACAUGGACCAGGGGGAGGAGAUCCGUUUUCGAGUGGCAGAUGAAAUAUUUGUCGACACGUCGCCGACCGGGCCGACCGCGGAAGAGAAACCCGCGCAACCCGGGCAGUCGACAGCACCACCACCACCACCACCACCUGCGCAAGACAGCGGGGAGAAGAAAGAGGCACCGUACACUCUCAUAGGGACCAUUUGUGAGCCGGGCCUGGGGCUGCUGUCAUGGUGGAACAAUUAGCGAGAGGUUAACUGCAUGAUAAGCAGUGAGAACUACUUGAUGCCCUGCUUCUUCAGUACCGUGCAGGAGCAAAAGACUAUCAGUGGACACUUCAUCAGAACAGACUGACGUGUCGUACUUGUAGGAAGAUUGAGUUGUAACAUAUACCAGCAUCAUGUUUAUUAUAUCAUUCAGUUCAUAACAGAAUUAAUAUUAUUGCACAUCUCCUUUUUAGUUGGUACAGUUCACUUCCCUAAUCACAGGAAAAUAUGAUUACAUGAUGUAUUUAUUUAUCAUAAUAGCGUCACUAAAAUGUGAUGGUGCCACGUAAACCUAAAAUUGGAUUUAAAAAACAUAUAUAUAUAUAUAUAUGGGGAUGAGUAACGGUAGUGACAACUGGGUGAGUGACCCUUAAUGCAAUAAUGCGAACUCUCGGUCACAUUUUUAAUUUAUGUGAAUUUUACACAUCUUCAAGUUCACCUGUUUUGUCUUCAUAAUCAACGUGAACAUUGGGAGUUAUCAUUUUGUGUAGUUACAGGAAGUCAUGAGGGAUAUUAGACAAGCCUUUAAAUCCUACAGUUUGAAGGACUUGUAUUUCUAUGUACAGUCUUCCCUCGCAAUAUCGUGGUUGGAUUAUCACUCCCUCGCUAUAGCGGUUUUUCACAAAUUCAUUAAUACAACAUAUAUACAAGCGA